CACUUUCAACUUUGACAUAUGAACCGCACGUCUUAUACGCUACUUCAUUUAUGACUACUGUUCGAAGACGUGGCCUUUGCAAAAAAAAAGUUGUCAGUAGAAGAACAAAUAGCUAGUAAAGAUGGAGUUGGAGGCAAUGACCAGAUACACAAGUCCUGUGAACCCAGCUGUGUUUCCUCAUCUCACAGUGGUUCUCCUAGCUAUUGGCAUGUUCUUCACUGCUUGGUUUUUUGUCUAUGAGGUGACCUCUACAAAAUACACAAGAGAUAUCUACAAGGAAUUACUCAUUUCACUCGUUGCUUCACUUUUUAUGGGAUUUGGUGUACUCUUCCUUCUACUCUGGGUUGGCAUUUAUGUAUGAAACCUUGGAUGGAGAAGUUCUGUAAGUAAAACAGAUUUUCCAUUGAAGUAGCGAUCAUUCCAGGAAGCAGAUUUACACCAUGCACAGACUGUAAUGAUGCCUUUAAAAGGCUGCUGUUCCAAAGAUCUGCAGUUCGAUGGUCAUUGAUAAACUUCCAUAUGGUCCAGAGAUUAUAUGUUUUACAGAUAAAUAAACAGUUAUGUUUUUUUCAA